AUGCAAAGAAACGGUGGUAUCGAAGAAAAUGAAGUUGAAAGUUCAACCAAUCAAAGCCAGCAGCAAGUCGAACAACGCCAUGAAAGUGACCUCACCACCACCACCAUUUUGAGCCCAACUCAGAAUCCAAAAAUCAAGUCCGAGAUUAUUGAUCAACGUCAAAAUUCACCAGAGAUUAGCAGCAGUAGCAGCUCAUCGUAUCAACUCUAUCCAUCAUCAUCUACAUCGCUUUAUCCACAUAAUGAGCAUUCUCAUCCCAUAUAUCCACCAUCCUCAACUUAUUCGUCAGCUUCUCAAAAUCGUCAUUUUCAUCAUGACCAAACAACUGGCAGUAUUCCUUUAUCGUCGAAUCAUACUUCCGAUGCAAAUUCAUCAACUCUAAGCUGUGGCAAUGUUGUGAACGUAGCUGCUGUUUCAUGUUCAGUAGCAACAACAACCACAACAACUACAACGUUAACAUUCACACAAUCUCAGGCGUCAUUCGUGGCAGCUCUGCAAGCCGCAACCACAACGGUGCCUUUCCAUAACCCUAAUCCAACGAAUCCUACAAAUCUUAAUCCAAAUCCCACAAAUUCGUUCAAUCCGAACCUCGCAUUCGGAUCUUCAUAUCCACAAUCUUUAUCCCAUCUAUCGUCAUCCACUGGUCCAGCUCAGAUGCUUCUCAGUAGUACAACAAAUUUCUGCGCCGCUUCACCUAAUAGCCGAAGCUAUCCGCCAGCGACGUCAUUUACAAACACUUAUCUUCAUCCUGAAACAGCGGAACGGUCAACUGGUCCCACAGGUACGCUUGGAGCCCCGUACACGCAUGCGCAGACAGUGAUCGGGAUGGACACAAAUCUGAACGCCGUUAUGCCUUCAGCUAGCUUCAGCACUCAACUAGGAACUAAUCGAGAUGGAUACAAUGGAUCCGGACCCAUGGAUUACGCGAAUGAAACGACAAAGUUGCACGAUUAUCCGAGCACAGACCCGCGAAUCGGUGUAUCGCCUUUAUCUGUUUAUUCGAAUUCUGCUGAGCAGUUUCGUGAGCAAAAUAGAAUGCUCUCAUUUAUGGAUGCAAAACGUCAACGAUAUUCAUCUGUAAUGUCAGAUGGCCGUAACUCAUCACCACCCCCAACAACAACCAAUGAACUCGGCACCGAUCUUCCACGAUCGCAUUCAGUUGCUGCCCCUUCCACCUCGCAAUCACCCAGCAAUCAGAUUCCCUCACAAUCUCCCCAGCCAUCUACCGCAACAUAUCAGACAACCGUCAUGAACACUAACCAAGAAAAAGAGCCAACUUACCGCAGCGAUGCGAAUCUAUCAGAAGAUCGUCGUAAAUAUUCAUCUGAUCAACGCCAAAGCUCUGUUUCCAGCAAUCCUACCCAAACAGCAAAUGAACCAUCACAGCGAAUUGCAACCUCUUUAGUAACUUCAUCAUCGAUGGCUUCAUCUGAAUUUGCUUCUUCCAGCACCACACAAUUUAAGGAUUCCAUAAAUACAACACUAGUGCGUCAACCACUUCAAUAUGUUGCAUAUUUCCCCGCAAACGUUUCUCUUCCUGUUCCGGAGCCAUUUACGGCUGUUAUGCAACAUAGUUCUGGGACGUUUUUGCCGUCAGCGCCCAAUUUAUCGUCCAGGGCAUCGGUUCAUUCCACCAAUAGAGUGUUUGAGCCGUCGACUUCGUUUGUAUCAUCCAAUCUCGAACAGAUCCUCGUUGCCACAAGUGGUGCCGAGAAAAUUACAAAUUCUGAUUCCAACGAUAUGUCUCCGACGUCAUCCACUCUUUCGCGAGCUCUAUUGAAUAGAGCGAAAAUGGAACAGUUGAGAGCAUUCGAUAAUGAACAGAACGGUGAUAAAAUAUCACUAACUGAAUUGUCUACGAGUCAAUCAUCUGCAGGAAUAUCAUCAAGCUUUAGUAACGGGAAACGCGACUCUAACAUCAUCACACAGUCAGAAGCGGACGCAAUGGAUGUGAGUACGUUGAAUGAGAUGUUGGGUGUUGUAGCACCAAAAAAUCGUGGCAAUAGUCAUUUGAAACGGGAAUGGCGUAAUGUGGGAUGGUUUACGAACGAAGAGGAAAUGAAUGCUGUGCGCAAACAACAAAAGGUUUCAAAAUGGAAAAGUGUCGAUCAGAUCAGUGGUCUAAAAGUUUUCUUUCGUUGUAACAAAUGGAAACGCACGAAUUGUAACUAUCGUAUGUUUGUGAUGUAUUACGCAGUGGAUCGAAUAAGUUUGAAUGAAAGUGGGCAGCAUGAUCAUUCAGUUGUUUACGCGACUAAAUCGAAGAAAAAAUGCAACAAUGCAUAUAAUCAAGCGCAAUUGCAAGACUCGCAACAAGGACAAAAACAAUUUGAGCAACAUCAGCAGCAAGCUCGUGAGCAAGCAUUCUUAAUCAAUUCAGCUGCUCGUGCUGUUUUUGAAGCAACCCCAAGCUCCUCGCAACAAAGUGUUUUGGAUCAGUUGAUAAGAAAUGCAACUGCGAAUGCUGCAUCAUCUUCGUUUGACGCUGAAAAUGUUUUUGACACGGUAAACUCGGGUGUUGAUGGUAUAUGUGGCCUUAAGUCUAGUACAACAUCACAGGGUAUUGCUGAUGUUGCUGCAGAUAUGGAUCUCACGUUUACUUUCAAUUCACGCAGAACUUGUGAGUAUUGUUUCGAGUCGAAUACCCCACAAAUGAAGGGUCGAAUGAUUGUGUUUUCGGAUUUGGGCGAUAAAGUUGGAGUUGCAGAACGAUUCAAUGGUGUGGAACGAGGGUAUUUCUUUCGUUCAUUUCAUUUGACCAACCUUUAUUUCGAUUUAUUACCCAUUGUGUAG